AUGGCCAUUGACAAGGGCAAUGAGAUCGAAGCUGCACCUUGGAUCUUUGGCAGCAUUGCCAGCCUGGCUGUGGUGCUUCGGCUGUACACCAGAUUAUGGCUGACGCAGAAAGCCGGCUGGGAUGAUGGGCUCAUCAUUGUCUCCCUGGCUAAUGCUCUUGUAUGCUCUAGCUUGGUACAGAUUGGCAUAAGGAUUCAAGCAUUCAAGUAUACGGUGAUCGCACCGAACUUCUCCGUCAUCACCACUCCAAGCAAGCGAUGGUUCUUAUACGUCCUAACUAUAAUCUCGAUCAUUUGGAACACAUUAGCUAUUCGCCCUGAGACUCCGGGCGAGUGCUUCAGCUUAGGCUUUCAACUGGUGCUUGGUAUCUCGCAAGCGGCCUUUAACGCCUUCGCGGAUCUAGCUCUUGCCAUAUUCCCUAUCGCAGUCUUCUGGCACGUUCAGCUGCCAUUGGAGAUCAAAAUCGGAGUUCUGGCAGUGAUGGGCGCGGGAAUCUGGUGA